GCUGCGGAGUGCUCUCCUUAUCAAUUCAGACAGUGUUAAAAAUGUUUUCUCAGAAAGGCGUGAGGCUGCGACCGUAUCGAUAAAAACCGGUUCUCGUUUCUCCCCUCGAACACAGCAGGCGAAGACUCUGGCGGAGUUUUGUUGGAAAGAAGAGCUUUUAGUCCGUUUUGAGUAAAAUAUGCAGUCUUCAAAGAGUUUUCGAUUGGAUGAUUUCAUCGCGGGAUGGAUCGGAGGAGCAUCCAGUGUGGUUGUAGGACAUCCGCUGGACACAGUGAAGACGCGGCUUCAGGCUGGAAAAGGUUAUAAAAACACACUACACUGCAUCCUCAGCAUCUACAGGAAGGAAAUGGUGACAGGCUUCUUUAAGGGCAUGUCCUUCCCGCUGGCCAGUAUCACGGUCUACAAUUCUGUUGUGUUUGGCUUCUUCAGUAACGUUCAAAGACUAAUAAGCAAGUAUCGCUAUGGUGAUGGGCGGCACCCAUGUGGCAUGUUGGACCUGACGGUGGCUAGUAUGCUGACCGGACUGGUUUCAGUGGGACUGGGAGCGCCCGUGGAUCUGGUCAAGAUCAGGUUGCAAAUGCAGACGCAGACGGUACUGGCAGAGAACCUCCACCUUGCUGGUAACGUUCCCAAUAGCACCAACAUAUCUCUCCGUGCCAUGGACAUCCCCAGCCAGCGCCUCUACAGAGGUCCAAUCCACUGCAUCAGCAGCAUUCUGCAGACCGAGGGCAUCCAGGGACUUUACAGGGGGGCCGGGGCCAUGAUCUUGAGAGACGUCCCCGGAUACAUGCUCUACUUCAUCCCCUACGCCAUCUUCUGUGGCCUGCUGACUCCCGACACUUCGUCGAGCCCUCAUCCCUUCUCCAUCUGGCUUGCUGGAGGUUUAGCAGGUUCUAUUUCGUGGGUCACGGCCACACCUGCGGAUGUGGUGAAGAGUCGAAUGCAAGCUGAUGCUCAGCUUCAGAGGAAAUACAAGGGAAUUUUACACUGCAUCUCCCACAGCUACAAAACAGAGGGAGCACAGGUUUUCUUCAGAGGAGCAUCUGUGAACGCCAUCCGAGGAUUCCCCAUGAGCUCCACCAUGUUCCUGACCUAUGAACUUUCUCUGCAGUUCUUCAGGAGUCUGUAGAACUACUCAGAUGAAGGAACCACACCAGCUGGUUGGUACUGGAGCACAAAGCGCACGAUUUUAUUGUAGAUGUGAGCACUUUAUGGUGGCUGCAAGUCGGCUGCUUUCAUUAAGAGAUUUGAGUUCUGAGCCAAAACAUGAAGGUCACUUUGUUUUCACGUGUGAAUUGUUAGAGUUGGACACAAAAUAAAUCAUCCAGGUGUGUUCCAGCUCAGACUUCAGGUCUCACUCUGAGACAUGUGUCGGGGACAAAGGCAUGUGGAGAAUUAAGAGACAUGAAAGUGAACAUGUAACUUGUCGUUUGUUGGCUUCAGGUGAAAAGAGGAAGGACAGUUUCACCCAAAUUUUCUGUUAAAGUUGAUGAUCAAACUGGAGUUGGUUUUUAGGAGAAUGAUGAUUCAUGGAUGAGCAAUCUGGGGGUUUUAAAGAGAUUUUAUUCUUCCAACUAGUAAUUUUAUCAUCUGUAGCAGCAAGUGAAGUUGGUUUAAAAUCAGAACUCUGAAUCAAUAAAAUUGGCACACCUGCAGAAAAUUAUUAUUCAGUACUUAUGUUCUAAUCUCUUCCAAAACUAAGAUACUAACAGUUAGAUGACAUCAUGAAAGUGGGACGAUUUUUACCUCUGGGAUCAAUGAAACCAAUUUUGACAAACAAGUCUUUAAUUUGACAUUUUGAUGUGUUAUAAAUUACAAACCAGCACACCAUUGCUUUUAAUCACCUGUUUGUGUUUUAGUAUAAAAACGCUGCACUUUUUACCGAAUUAAGAGAUAUAAAUAAGAUGUCAAGAUAUAAAUGUUAUUUUUAUAUAAUUCAUAUACAAAGAUUUUAAAAUGUCUGUCAGAUGUAUAAGGAGUCGGCAGUGAAAAGUCAACUUUUAUGUUUUAUUUAAAAGUAUUUUGAUACGUUUGCUCAUGACGUUACCUUCCACUGUCCGACUGUAGGAGCUUCAUGUGAUAUCCUCCACUAUUACAUCUAGUGUUUCUUAUAUUAAGAAUAUUUUAUUUUAAAGUUUUCUGAUGUUUUUGAGCCACAGUGGUACAUUUCAUUUACUUUUUCAUUUAAGUUUAGUGCUGCGGCUUAUUAUUGUAAAAAUGAAAACUUUGAGGGACUGGAUCGACAUUAGUACCAGAAGGUGAAAUCAGAUACUGAUGUUAAUGUUGUCAGUGGCUUUCUCAUCCUGUAUUUACAAGUAAAUUUGUUUAACUUUCAUUCCAGAUGUUUAUUUGCCAUGUGGGGCUUGUUGUACUUAAAUAAAAGUAUUAAAACACA